CUGUGACUACAUCUAUCUGUGGCGAUUAGCAAGACCGAAUUUGACAAAAUACAUAUAAAAUAAAAUUAACCUUAAAAGUUCAAUACUAAUUUAUUAAUUUGCAAACCGGACAACUAGCUACUAACUACUAAAACAAGUUAAAAUAGUUUGAAUUUACUUUAAAAUAAUUUAAACACCCAUGUCAAAAUGAACCAAGCAGAUGUUACCAAAUUAGUCUCUAAGUUGCGAAUCAAAGUACCUCCGAAGCACCGUCGCCUAAGCUGUCCUGAAGGACCAGAGGGCAGAUUAAAUAAGCUGAGAAAAACUGUAACCGGUUUAAUUAAAUAUGAAAGGAUUGAACUUAAUUAUUAUCGAGGAGAUGAAGCCCGACAGUAUGCUGAAAGGUUAAUUUCCGAAGCAAUAAAUCAUGGUGAUUGUCAUAAGCCAACAAUGGAGAUGGCUGACUUUUGGCUCCUGGAAAAGGAGCUUGUUCACAAAUUAUUUAAAGUAUUAGUUCCUCGAUUUGAAAACAGUAAUUCAGCAUACACCCGUAUGUUGAAAGCACCUAAACCUGCAUAUGGUCGUUACAUAGAUAAGGCAGUUUUGGAGUUAAGAGGAAAUCCUUACCCUUCUUUGCAAAAUAAACAAACAAAUAAUCGACAGUUGCUCCAGAAUAUACUACUUGAAGCUGCUAAAUAUGACUAUAGACAAGCUAAGUAUGCUGAAAUGGCUGAAAAAAUUGAAAAAUCAGAAGAAUCUUCAAGUGUUAAAACCACAAAUAUAGAACACAAUUAGAAGUGUUAGUUUUAAAAUAUAGUUAAUGUUAUAAUUUAGAA